GUCUUGGGCGGACGCCGGACCAGAGGUAGCGGAGCCUCAAGUUAGUCGACUAUGCGUAGAAGGACAGGAAUGUAUGAUAGGAGGCAGGUGGUUGGAUUUGGCUUCUCUGAUGCUGACAUCUGCAGAAUUGGUAUUUUCCAAAAUUUCUGAUAAAGAUGCUGAGUGCAUUUACACUAUAAUUUCAAAUCUCGUAAAGAAGCCCGGCAGUCUGGAUCAAGUACAUGAGAUAGCUGAGCUUAUUUCAUCAAAAGUCAUGCAGCAACCCACAGAGAAACCUGCACUGCGCUUAAAAAUUUUGUUCAACCUCUACAAUCUUCUAGACAACCCUUAUAGCCGCUUCAUUGUAUACAUGAAGGCCCUUCAUUUUGCAAUCAGUGGAAAGGUCACUGAACAUGUUCUGUCAUCCUUUAAAAAGAUGGACAACUUUUUGAAGGAGUGGAAUAUUGGGGUAAAGGACAGGAGAGAGCUCUUUCUGACAAUCUCUAAUAUAUUGAAAGAGCACAAAGGACACGCAAAAGAGUCUUUCACUUUUCUUACAAAGUAUCUGUCAACCUUCUCUGGUGAUGAUGCAAACACUAUGAAUGAAGCUAAGGAUGCUGCUGUUCAGACCAUUAUUGAAUUUGUCAAGGUGCCAGACAUGUACCAGUGUGAUUUGCUUGAUAUGCCUGCUGUGGCACAACUGGAGAAAGAUGCCAGAUAUGCACCAGUAUAUCAACUUCUCAGGAUCUUGCUGACCCAGAGAUUGAAUGCAUACUUGGAGUUCGAAGCAUCAAAUUCUACUUUAAUGAAAACCCAUGGUCUAGUUCAUGAAGACUGCAUCACAAAGAUGAGGCUGAUGUCUUUGGUCGACCUGGCCUCCAAUGAUUCUGGCCGAAUUCCUUAUGCUGUGAUCAAGGAUGUUCUGCAGAUUGAUGUUAAUGAGAUUGAGUCAUGGAUUGUUAAGGCAAUCACUGCAAAGUUAAUCGAUUGCAAAAUUGAUCAAAUGAAUCAAGUAGUAAUUGUGAGUCAUGCUAUUGAGCGUGUGUUCGGCCCAAACCAAUGGAAAUCCCUCCAAACAAAGCUCGAGAUGUGGAAGGGCAAUAUUGCCAAUCUUAUAAGUACCAUUCAAGCUAACAAGAUAGUCGAUGAUGGUUCACAAGCUAUGCAAGGGCUAAUGAUUCGCUAAGAUUUUUGGUUUUGUUUUUAACGUGUUUCAAUUUUCCAUUUAGACAUAGAGUAAAAUGGCAUCUAAUGUACCAGUUACCGCAAGAUUCUUUCUAGCCAAAACUUUGUGGUUCUUCUGAAUAGUGAAAACACUCCUCUCCUGCUGGAAGAGAUUUUCCCGUAUUUAUUCUCACUUUUGUAACAGAAUUGUACCUUGCGUACAUUUUUAAUGAACAACGGUAAAUCGUUGUACAGUUUUGCUGUUACUUUAUUAUUAAUUUGUAAUUUUGUUGAAUGAUCCAAUUGAAAGCUUGCAAACAGAGGAAGUUGAUUA